UUUUAAAAAUAUUGCAAAUGGCUGCCAAUGCGCUGCCAUUUUGCACGUAAAUAUUUUAACGUUGAUUCUUGGGAAAAAUACAAGAGAUCAAGUUUUUAUUGUUAGUGCAACAGUUAAAACCAUUUACUAGCAGGAAUAAAAAAGGCGGUCAGCCAUGUCGCUGCCGCCGUAUCUGCUGGGGCCCAACCCCUGGGCCACUAUGAUGGCCCAGCAGCAGUUGGCCGCAGCGCAACAGGCGGCGCUGCAGGCCCACGCCGCGGCCGCUGCUGCCGCGCCGCCCAUGCCGGCCGCGCAGCCGCCCAAGCCGCAGCACAUUCCUGAGGAGAAGAUCAAGGAGAAAGCUGCAAAAUGGCUGCAGCUCCAAAACAAGCGUUUCGCGGACAAGCGCAAGUUUGGCUUCGUGGACGCCCAGAAAGAGGAUAUGCCCCCCGAGCAUAUCCGCAAGAUCAUCCGCGACCAUGGAGACAUGACCAGCCGCAAGUACCGCCACGACAAGCGGGUCUACCUCGGGGCACUCAAAUACAUGCCACACGCUGUCAUGAAACUGCUGGAGAACAUGCCCAUGCCCUGGGAACAGAUCAGGGAUGUCAAGGUCCUGUAUCACAUCACGGGAGCCAUCACCUUUGUGAACGAAAUCCCCUGGGUCAUUGAGCCAGUUUACAUCGCCCAGUGGGGCACCAUGUGGAUCAUGAUGAGGAGGGAGAAGCGAGACCGUCGCCACUUCAAGAGAAUGAGGUUCCCACCAUUUGAUGAUGAAGAACCUCCAUUGGAUUAUGCAGACAACAUCCUAGAUGUGGAGCCGCUCGAGCCUAUCCAAAUUGAACUGGACCCUGAUGAAGAUGGUGCCGUUGCUUCGUGGUUCUAUGACCACAAGCCUCUCAUUGGCACCAAAUAUGUGAAUGGCUCGACUUACAGGAAAUGGAACCUGAGUCUACCUCAGAUGGCUACCCUGUACCGUCUGGCAAACCAGCUGCUGACAGACUUGGUAGAUGACAACUACUUCUACCUCUUUGACUCAAAGAGUUUCUUCACCGCCAAAGCCCUGAACAUGGCUAUACCCGGAGGGCCGAAGUUUGAGCCGUUGGUGAAGGACAACUCCGCUGGUGAUGAGGACUGGAACGAGUUCAAUGACAUCAACAAAAUCAUCAUCCGUCAGCCAAUCAGAACUGAGUACAGGAUUGCGUUCCCGUAUCUCUACAACAACUUACCGCACUUCGUGCAGCUGUCUUGGUACCACACACCAAACGUGAUCUACAUCAAGACCGAAGACCCUGACCUCCCAGCGUUCUACUUCGACCCGCUCAUCAACCCGAUAUCCCAUCGGCACUCGGUCAAGUCCUUGGACCCACUACCUGAGGAGGAAGACUUUGUGUUGCCGGAUGAGGUUGCACCAUUCCUGCAGGAAACUGCCCUGUACACUGACAACACAGCUAACGGGAUUGCCUUGCUGUGGGCCCCUAGGCCAUUCUGCAUGAGAUCAGGUCGCUGUCGUCGUGCGAUCGACGUGCCGCUGGUGAAGACGUGGUACAAGGAGCACUGCCCGCCCGGCCAGCCCGUCAAAGUGAGGGUCUCCUACCAGAAGCUGCUGAAGUACUAUGUGCUCAACUCGCUGAAACACCGCCCGCCUAAGCCGCAGAAGAAGAGAUACCUCUUCCGCUCGUUCAAGUCAACCAAGUUCUUCCAAACCACCACCCUGGACUGGGUGGAAGCCGGCCUGCAGGUGUGCCGCCAGGGCUACAACAUGCUGAACCUGCUGAUCCACCGCAAGAACCUCAACUACCUGCAUCUCGACUACAACUUCAACUUGAAGCCGGUCAAGACGCUCACGACUAAGGAGAGGAAGAAGUCGCGGUUCGGGAAUGCGUUCCACCUCUGCCGCGAGAUCCUCCGCCUCACCAAGCUCAUCGUGGACUCACACGUACAAUACCGCCUCAACAACGUGGACUCGUUCCAGCUGGCCGACGGACUGCAGUACAUCUUCGCGCACGUCGGGCAGCUGACCGGCAUGUACAGAUACAAGUACAAGCUCAUGCGGCAGAUUCGGAUGUGCAAGGAUCUGAAGCAUCUGAUUUACUACCGGUUUAAUACUGGUCCGGUGUCGAAGGGGCCGGGGUGCGGCAUCUGGGCGCCGGGCUGGCGCGUGUGGCUGUUCUUCAUGCGAGGCAUCACGCCGCUGCUGGAGCGCUGGCUCGGGAACCUGCUGUCCAGGCAGUUCGAGGGACGACACUCUAAGGGUGUCGCCAAGACCGUGACCAAGCAGCGCGUGGAGUCCCACUUCGACCUCGAGCUGCGCGCGUCCGUGAUGCACGACAUCGUGGACAUGAUGCCCGAGGGGAUCAAGCAGAACAAGGCCAGGACUAUACUGCAGCAUCUGAGUGAAGCUUGGAGGUGCUGGAAGGCUAAUAUACCGUGGAAGGUCCCCGGGCUUCCCACGCCGAUAGAGAACAUGAUCCUCCGCUACGUCAAAAUGAAGGCGGACUGGUGGACCAACACGGCGCACUACAACCGCGAGCGCAUCCGCCGCGGCGCCACCGUCGACAAGACCGUGUGCAAGAAGAACCUCGGCCGGCUGACGAGACUGUACCUGAAGGCUGAGCAGGAGCGCCAGCAUAAUUACUUGAAGGACGGUCCAUACAUCUCUCCCGAGGAGGCCGUAGCUAUCUACACGACCACGGUGCACUGGCUGGAGUCGCGGCGGUUCGCGCCCAUCCCGUUCCCGCCGCUGUCGUACAAGCACGACACCAAGCUGCUCAUCCUCGCCUUGGAGCGGCUCAAGGAGGCCUAUAGCGUCAAGUCUAGAUUAAACCAGAGCCAGAGAGAGGAGCUGGGUCUGAUCGAGCAGGCGUACGACAACCCGCACGAGGCGCUGUCCAGGAUCAAGCGACAUCUGCUCACGCAGAGGACCUUCAGAGAGGUCGGCAUCGAAUUCAUGGACCUCUACUCCCACCUGGUCCCGGUGUACGACGUGGAGCCUCUAGAGAAGAUCACGGACGCGUACCUGGACCAGUACCUGUGGUACGAGGCGGACAAGCGGCGCCUGCUGCCGCCGUGGGUGAAGCCGGCCGACACCGAGCCGCCGCCGCUGCUCGUCUACAAGUGGUGCCAGGGCAUCAACAACUUACAAGACGUGUGGGAGGCGGGUGAGGGCGAGUGCAACGUGCUGCUAGAGUCGAGGUUCGAGAAACUCUAUGAAAAGAUCGACCUGACGCUGCUCAACCGACUGCUCAGGCUGAUCGUGGACCACAAUAUUGCUGACUACAUGACCGCUAAGAACAACGUCGUGAUUAAUUAUAAGGACAUGAACCACACGAACUCCUACGGCAUCAUCCGAGGCCUGCAAUUCGCCUCCUUCAUAGUCCAAUACUACGGGCUAGUUUUAGACCUGCUAGUCCUAGGUCUACAACGAGCCAGCGAGAUGGCGGGCCCGCCGCAGCUGCCCAAUGACUUCCUGUCGUACCAGGACAGGCAGACGGAGACUGCUCAUCCGAUUAGACUGUACUGUCGGUACGGGGAUAGGAUUCAUAUCUUCUUCAGGUUCUCAGCGGAAGAAGCCCGCGACCUGAUCCAGCGCUACCUGACGGAGCAUCCUGACCCGAACAACGAGAAUAUCGUCGGCUACAACAACAAGAAGUGCUGGCCGCGGGAUGCGCGCAUGCGCCUCAUGAAGCACGACGUUAACUUGGGUCGCGCAGUAUUCUGGGACAUCAAGAACCGGCUGCCGCGCUCGGUGACCACCAUCCAGUGGGAGAGCAGCUUCGUGUCCGCCUACUCGAAGGACAACCCCAACCUGCUGUUCAACAUGGCCGGCUUCGAGUGUAGGAUACUGCCCAAAUGCCGAAGCCAGCACUCCGAGCUCUCCCACCGCGACGGCGUCUGGAACCUGCAGAACGAAGUGAGCAAGGAGCGGACCGCCCAGUGCUACCUGCGAGUCGACGACGAGUCACUCGCGCGCUUCCACAACCGCGUGCGCCAGAUACUGAUGGCGUCCGGCUCCACCACCUUCACCAAGAUCGUCAACAAGUGGAACACGGCGCUCAUUGGCCUGAUGACAUACUUCCGCGAAGCCGUCGUCAACACACAAGAGCUACUAGACUUGCUGGUCAAGUGCGAGAACAAGAUCCAGACGCGCAUCAAGAUCGGGCUCAACUCGAAGAUGCCUUCGCGUUUCCCUCCCGUCGUGUUCUACACGCCUAAGGAGCUGGGGGGAUUGGGGAUGCUGUCUAUGGGCCACGUGCUUAUACCUCAGUCGGACCUCCGCUGGUCCAAGCAAACGGACGUGGGCAUCACGCACUUCCGGUCCGGCAUGUCUCACGACGAGGACCAGCUGAUCCCCAACUUGUACCGCUACAUCCAGCCGUGGGAGGCCGAGUUCGUGGACUCGCAGCGCGUGUGGGCCGAGUACGCGCUGAAGCGGCAGGAGGCUAACGCGCAGAACAGGCGUCUAACUCUGGAAGACUUGGAGGACUCGUGGGACCGCGGCAUCCCUCGGAUCAACACUCUGUUCCAGAAGGACCGACACACGCUCGCCUACGACAAGGGCUGGCGUAUACGUACCGAGUUCAAGCAGUACCAGGUGCUAAAACAGAACCCGUUCUGGUGGACGCACCAGCGCCACGACGGCAAGCUGUGGAACCUGAACAACUACCGCACGGACAUGAUCCAGGCGCUCGGAGGGGUCGAGGGCAUCCUCGAACACACGCUGUUCAAGGGGACCUACUUCCCCACCUGGGAGGGGCUGUUCUGGGAGAAAGCCUCAGGGUUCGAAGAGUCGAUGAAGUACAAGAAGUUGACGAACGCGCAGCGCUCCGGUCUGAACCAGAUCCCCAACCGGCGCUUCACGCUGUGGUGGUCACCGACUAUCAACCGAGCCAACGUGUACGUCGGGUUCCAGGUGCAACUGGACCUGACUGGUAUCUUCAUGCACGGCAAGAUCCCCACGCUGAAGAUCUCGCUCAUCCAGAUCUUCAGAGCUCACUUGUGGCAGAAGGUGCACGAGUCCAUCGUCAUGGACUUGUGUCAAGUGUUCGACCAAGAGCUGGACGCGCUCGAGAUCGAGACCGUCCAGAAGGAGACGAUCCACCCGCGCAAGUCGUACAAGAUGAACUCAUCCUGCGCGGACAUCCUGCUGUUCUCCGCCUACAAGUGGAACGUGAGCCGGCCCUCGCUGCUGGCUGACACCAAAGACACAAUGGACAACACAACGACGCAGAAGUACUGGCUGGACGUGCAACUCCGGUGGGGAGACUACGACUCUCACGACAUCGAGCGUUAUGCCCGUGCCAAGUUCCUGGACUAUACUACUGACAACAUGUCCAUCUACCCGUCGCCCACUGGCCUGCUGCUGGCCAUCGACCUCGCUUACAACUUGCACAGCGCCUACGGCAACUGGUUCCCGGGCUGCAAGCCGCUCAUCCAGCAGGCCAUGGCCAAGAUCAUGAAGGCGAACCCCGCGCUCUACGUGCUCCGGGAGAGGAUCCGUAAGGCGCUGCAACUGUACUCGUCGGAGCCCACGGAGCCCUACCUGAGCAGCCAGAACUAUGGGGAGCUGUUCUCUAAUCAGAUCAUCUGGUUCGUGGACGAUACCAACGUGUACCGAGUGACGAUCCACAAGACGUUCGAGGGCAACCUCACCACGAAGCCGAUCAACGGCGCCAUCUUCAUCUUCAACCCGCGCACGGGACAGCUGUUCCUGAAGAUCAUCCACACGAGCGUGUGGGCCGGUCAGAAGCGGUUGGGUCAGUUGGCCAAAUGGAAGACUGCUGAAGAAGUGGCGGCGUUGAUUCGUUCGCUGCCGGUGGAGGAGCAGCCGAAACAGAUCAUUGUUACCAGGAAGGGAAUGUUGGACCCUCUUGAGGUGCACUUGCUAGACUUCCCGAACAUCGUGAUCAAGGGCUCGGAGCUGCAGCUGCCGUUCCAGGCGUGCCUCAAGGUGGAGAAGUUCGGGGACCUCAUCCUGAAGGCCACAGAGCCUCAGAUGGUGUUGUUCAACCUGUACGAUGACUGGCUGAAGACUAUAUCGAGUUAUACUGCGUUCUCCCGUCUGAUCCUGAUCCUGCGAGCUCUACACGUGAACACAGAACGUACCAAGGUGCUCCUGAAGCCGGACAAGACGACGCUGACGGAGCCGCACCACAUCUGGCCCACGCUCACCGACGAUGACUGGAUCAAGGUCGAGGUGCAACUGAAGGACCUUAUUUUGGCGGAUUAUGGGAAGAAGAACAACGUGAACGUGGCCUCGCUCACCCAAUCAGAGAUCCGAGACAUAAUCCUCGGCAUGGAGAUCUCGGCUCCCUCCGCCCAGCGCCAGCAGAUCGCCGAGAUCGAGAAGCAGAGCAAGGAGCAGAGCCAGCUGACGGCUACCACGACCAGGACCGUCAACAAGCACGGAGACGAGAUCAUCACUAGUACCACUAGUAAUUAUGAGUCGCAGACUUUCAGUUCGAAGACGGAAUGGCGCGUGCGUGCCAUAUCGGCCACGAACCUGCAUCUUCGCACGAACCACAUCUACGUGAGCUCGGACGACAUCAAGGAGAGCGGCUACACGUACAUCCUGCCCAAGAACCUGCUCAAGAAGUUUGUCACCAUCUCCGACCUGAGGGCACAGAUCGCCUGCUACCUCUACGGAACCUCACCGCCCGACAACCCGAUGGUGCGCGAGGUGCACUGCGCCGUGCUCCCGCCGCAGUGGGGCACGCACCAGGCCGUGCACCUGCCACGCCAGCUGCCCAAGCACCCCGCGCUGGCGCACCUGCAGCCGCUGGGCUGGAUGCACACGCAGCCGAAUGAACUGCCGCAGCUGUCGCCUCAGGACAUCACCACACACGCCAAAGUCAUGUCAGAGAACCCGAGCUGGGACGGCGAGAAGACCAUCAUCAUCACCUGCUCCUUCACCCCCGGUUCAUGCUCGCUCACGGCCUACAAGCUGACCCCCAGCGGCUACGAGUGGGGAGUGAAGAACACGGACCGAGGGAACAACCCCAAGGGAUAUCUGCCGAGCCACUACGAGAAGGUGCAGAUGUUGCUGUCUGACAGAUUCCUCGGCUAUUUCAUGGUGCCUUCGCAGGGCAGUUGGAAUUACAACUUUAUGGGUGUACGCCACGACCCGAACAUGAAGUACGGCGUGCAACUAGGCAACCCUCGCGAGUUCUACCACGAGGUGCACCGGCCGGCCCACUUCAUGAACUUCGCGGCCAUGGAGGACGCGUCCGCGCCCAUGCUCGCCGCCGACAGAGAGGACGCCUUCGCUUAGGUUACUAUUGUGUUGUGGCUGGUUCUUUAGCAAUUGAAGAUUUUGAG